AGCAAAGAGUCAGGCCGCAGAGGAAAAUGAAGGGCCUCUACCAGGCUGCUGGCAGGACCCUGGUCACUCUGGGGAGCCUGAGCAUCUUCUCUGGAUCCAUCGCCUUCUUCCCUGUCUUUUCCUGCAAGCUUUGGUACACAGGAUGGAGCGUUUGGAUUGCCUGUCCCAUCUGGAACGGGGCUUUGGCUGUCACAGCUGGAUCACUCGUGCUGCUGGCUCAUCGAGAGUGGACUCAGAGAUACUUGUGGGAAGCCGUUUUCACCUUUGUAAUUCUGAGCAUUCUGGGAUGUCCCCUUCAUUUCGCAGUAGCCUUGCAGUCUGCCCUCCUUGGUCCAUUUUGCUUCUACUCCUUUUCAGGGGUCGCGGGGACCAAUUACCUCGGUUAUGCGGUUGCCUUCCCUUUUCCGUACACGAAGUUCCCCUCGGUCUGUGUAGACCCACUGCACUAUGAAGAGUAUCACCUGACCCUUCAGGCCCUGGACCUGGGCCUGAGCCUCACCCUGUUCUGUGUGUCUGUAGCUGUGUUCAUCAAGCUUUCUGCAAGACUGAUGCAGACCGGACACGUAAAUGGUCCAUGUGCCAAGGACUGCAAAAAUAGGAUGGCCCAGCAGCCGCGCGCAGCAGCCCCGCGCAGCAACCCCGUGUAG